GUACUGGAAAGUCUCAGUUCUUGAAGUUUGCUGCGAAAUUAAGCAACAGAGCUGUUAUUACUACCGGGCUUGGAAGCACUAGUGCUGGCUUGACUGUCACUGCAGUCAAGGAUGGUGGGGAGUGGAUGUUGGAAGCUGGAGCCCUUGUUCUAGCAGAUGGGGGUCUUUGUUGCAUUGAUGAAUUUGAUAGCAUGAGAGAACAUGACAGAGCGACUAUACAUGAAGCCAUGGAACAGCAGACUAUAAGUGUUGCCAAGGCUGGCCUUGUAACAACUCUUAGCACGAGGACAAUUGUAAUUGGUGCAACCAAUCCUAAAGGACAGUUUGAUCCUGAUCAAUCUCUUUCUGUCAAUACUGCACUUUCUGGUCCCUUACUGAGCAGAUUUGAUAUAAUCCUAGUCCUUUUGGAUACAAAGAAUCCUGACUGGGAUAUAGUUGUAUCAUCUCAUAUUCUUGCUGAGGAAGAGCCAGAACAAUGCAAGGACGACAAAGAUGUAAUGGAUACCUGGCCACUUCCCAUGCUCCGUAGGUAUGAUAUUUGUUUGAUUUACAGGAUUGUAAGAGUAUUAUGAAAGAUGAAGUUAAUAGACCUCUGUGGAAAGUAUCUGGAGGUUAUGCUAUAAAAUCUUGUAGUCUAGACUGAUGUUUUCGCUGUAUAUAAAAGAAUUCAUUUUAAGCUAAAUAAAUCAAUAAUAUCAUAAUGGAUGUGGUACUGUCCGUUAUCAAGAUAUUUUGUCAGGAUACUAGCUUGUUCCUCUUGUAGACUAAUCUAUUGAUCAAAUUCCAAAUCCGUGUUCAGCAUGCACAGUGACUCUUCAAAGAGGAGUCUGCAUCUUCAGAAAUCAGGAGAAUUAUCUUGUCUCACACAUAGAAUAAGCAGAAGGAAAGCCGAAAGAAUGUGAUCAUUGUGGAGGAACAUGCAAAUCCGAGUUUAAUGAUUUUUUGGUUCUGACCCUAAGCCUAAUAAACUAACAGGAAAAUGAAUUUGUGUAGCAAUCCCAAAUAGUUGAGAUUUGCAAACAUGAGAUUGAGCUACAAGAUUGGUUGUAGGCUUUAGUCAGGUUUCUUUCUUGAAGUAUGGUUUGAGAGGUUAGUGUUGAAUGUAUUGGUUAAUUUUCAGUGCAAUUUACUUUAUCUGCAUUUUAUGUCCGACUACAAGAUAUAUCAAGUCAU